AUGAGCGAGGUUCAGAAUACAGUGCCCGCAGCGGCCACGACUCCUCAACAGCAGCCCCAGGGCACCCCCAUCCAGCAGAAUGCUCCAACGCCCGCCUCAGUCUCUGCAGGCUCGGGCGACCAGCUUACCUGCCAGUGGCAGAACUGCGGCGACCGUCUUCCCUCUGCUGAGCAGCUCUAUGACCACGUCUGUGAGCGCCAUGUUGGUCGCAAGAGCACCAACAACCUGAAUUUGACCUGCCAGUGGGGUAACUGCCGCACCACCACGGUCAAGCGCGACCACAUUACUUCCCACAUUCGCGUGCACGUGCCGCUGAAGCCGCAUAAGUGCGAUUUCUGUGGUAAGGCGUUCAAGCGUCCUCAGGAUCUGAAGAAGCACGUAAAGACGCACGCCGACGAUUCCGUGCUACUCCGCUCCCCAGAGCCCAACCGAGGCGGUCCCCACGGCGCCCAAGGCUACCCGGGCCAAAACGGCAAGCUUGUCGCUGACUUGCAGGCGCUUGCUGCCACAGCGAGUGGAUACCAAUAUCCUGAUGGUGCCCUCGGCCCCAACGGAGGUUACGGCCAGCAACACCCAGGUGGUGCCCCAGCCGGAUUCUACGGAGGCCCACCCCAGAACUCCGCCUAUGGCCCUGUCUACUAUGCUGUGAACCAAUCGCAACAGCUCAACAACGACUACGAAAUCAGGAAGCGCGCCGCGUAUGAUGCGCUCAACGAGUUCUUCGGAGACGCCAAGCGUCGCGCCAUUGACCCAACCACCUACUAUGAUGUCGGCCAACGGCUCAUGGGUCUCCAAGGUGUUCAGCUUCCCGUCCUUGGUGGCGGUGGAGGCGGCUACCAGGGCCAGGGCAUGUCUGAGUAUGGCCACGGCGGCUCAAUGGUUGCUCAAGCACAGCACCCACCCAUGCACCACCCCUACUCUCUGCCGCUUCCCAACCUUAGGACCAAGAGCGAUCUCUUGAACAUUGACCAGUUCUUGGAGCAACUGCAAAGCACCGUCUAUGAGAACCCCAACCACGCUGCGGCUGCUGGUGUGGCCCACCCCGGACACUACGUUCCUACCGGCGUUGGCUACCGCUCCAGCAACUCGCCACCUGGCCUUUCGUCUAGCCACUCUCAGUCGUCUCACGCCACUGCCAUCGGAUCCACCAGCGCUGAGACCCCUGCUCUGACACCAGCAUCCAGCGUGCUAUCAUACGGAUCUCAGCACUCUCCCGGUGCGCAGCACUCUAACAACGGUGUUUCUCCCACAUCAAGGAGUUCGAUUGGUAGCAUGUACCCUACUCUACCAUCUGUCAGCGCGAUGUCAGACAUGUCAGCUGCUGCACCAUCUUCUGGACUUGCACCAGCGUUUGAUUCUGAUGGCCGUCGCCGCUUCUCUGGUAACCUCCUCCAGAAAGCCGCUCCGGACCGAUCAGAGCACGACUCCAUGGAUAUGUCAAGCGACGGUGCAUCGCCCAAGGAUCGCCGGGAUUCUGAGCAAAACAGUCUUCACCAUGACGUUAACCAGUUGGCUAUCCACUCGCCCAAGGUUGACCCUGCUCUUCGCUCACCAAGCAUUGCGUCGUCAAACAACACAGAACAAGGCGACCAGUCUCAGCAAUCCUGGGUUGAGAACAUCCGAGUUAUCGAGAGGCUCAGGGCGUACCUCAAAGACAGACUCGAGUCGCAUGACUUCUCUGACGAUGAGGAAGACGUCAAGCACGAUCUCGAGCGCCGCAUGAGCGACGACGAUGCACACAACCUCUACCCCGUACUGCGCGCUGUACAAGAGGGCCGAGAGUAG